AUAAAAUUCAAACAGUAACUGCAAUAGUUCAUUUGUUUGGGGAUUAUUUUUUGCCAUUUGGUGCACUGGUGAAUAUUUACAGCAGCAGUGUGUGCAUGUAAGAGGGAUUGACUUACUGCUCAUGUUCAUGGUAAUAAAGAAACAUAUUCCCCAGUCCUCACUGAUAUUAAGUUUGGGUUUUUUACUAGACUGUUUUGUUUUCAUGCUACAUGUUGCACUUUUUACAUAAAAUGAUUACAUAUCUUUAUUAAAAUUACACUUAACUCAAUUAUUUGAAUCCAAUGUUCAAACUAGGAUGUGAAUUGCAGCACCUCAGUCAGUUGUUUUUGUGUUAUACAAGUAUGAAUACAAGCACAAUGAGCAGGUUAACUAUGUCUGCAAGAAUGGUUAUGAAGGACGUUUCAUUCUAACUUACGGGAAUGCAGAUUGGAUUGGGAAUCCCCGUUGUACAAGUAAACCGUGUGAAAAGCUUGACAUCAUCAAUGCAAACCUGAUCCGCAAUGAAAAGCAAAGUUACAACCACGGUGAAAGAGUCGGAUAUGCAUGCAGAGAUGACAGUGACAGAAGAUUUAGUAUUACCUGUGAGCUAGGUGUUUGGACUGGAGUUCAGAUGUGUGAAGAGCUUUUGGGUUGCGAGCCACCACCAGCCCUUGAUCAUGGAGACAUCAAAUACACUAUCAAAAGUCAGUACAACCAUAAUGAAAUGGUUGAAUACAUGUGUCAGUUGUACCACACCAUGGAGGGUGAACCUAACAGAAUCUGCAUCAAUGGUGAAUGGACCGGACAUAUGAGAUGCCUCAAGCCCUGUAUUUUGAAUGAAGACGACACUAGACAACAUAACAUUACUUUAAAAUUGAGUGACAAGAAAUUCUUUCUUCAUGAUGAAAUAAUGGAGUUUGAGUGUGCCCAUGGCGUACCUGUCGGUGACUUGGCGAUGCGUCUAAGGUGUAAUAGUGGUGUGGUUCUGCUGCCUACUUGCCAAUAAGAGUUUUUGUUAACUGGAAGAAAUGGACAGAGAAAAGAGUGACAUGAGUUUCUGUUUCAUUUGCAUCAGUGUUGUUGAAUUUUCAAUAAAACAUUAAUGUGUACUCAGA